CAGUAAACAAACGAAGCUCUGAGGCAUUUGACAUUCUAUAUUUAAUUGAAUUACCAACAAUAAACAAACAACGAUUUGAUUAGAAAAACGCUAUUUUGAAUUGUGAUGUGAAUUCAUGUAACUUUUACAAAUUGAUCACUGGAAUUUAUUCGAAGUGUUGGGAAAUACAGCUGGAAAAAAUAGUUCACUUUUCUGUACAAAAGACGAAUUCGAGAAAAGAUAGUAGUUUCAGGUUACAAUGUUUUCAUAUGGCCGAAGGAUUGGAUUGGGGUUUUUGAUCAGGCCUAGAUAUCCUAACGGAUCAAGUUCAAUACACGUCAGAUUAUUAAGUAGCGUGGUACUACAAAAGUUGCAGGCACGAUCGAUCUUAUGCGUACAAGGUUCCGAUGCGAGUUCCUUCCUACAAGGAUUGAUUACCAACGACAUGAACCAUUUGAAACACGAUGCAAAUUCCAUCUACGCAAUGUUUCUUAAUUCGACCGGUAGAAUCCUGUAUGAUACUAUCAUACAUAGAACCAAAAAUGAACAUGAUUUUUUGGUGGAAUGCGAGUCACAAACUGCUGAAAAUUUUCAAAAGCAUUUGAAUCUUUUUCGUAUCAGAAAGAAGGUGAAAAUAAUUAGAACCAACUUGGAUCUUUGGGUGACCUUCGUGAAAAACGGAAAAAGCAACCUUAGCAAUAUUUUUAAUCAGAAACACAACGAGAUUAUGGUUCACAGAGAUCCACGUCUGAAAGAACUGGGAUACAGAAUUAUAACCGAAUCGAUGUCCGAUGAAAAUUUACAGAAAGCGCUUUACAACGAUGUUAAGAUAGACGGCAAAAUUUCAUAUGACGAACACCGAUAUUCUCUUGGAAUUGGAGAAGGUUUAGACAAUAUUCCUCAGAAUAAAUGCUUUCCGUUGGAAUACAAUUGCGAUUACAUGCACGGAGUAAGUUUUCACAAAGGUUGCUACAUUGGCCAAGAAUUGACUGCACGUACAUACCACACAGGAGUUGUGAGAAAACGGAUUAUGCCUUUAUUUUUCAACGAACCUAUCGAUGAGCAUAGUAUUGCAAAAGAUACGGAAAUAAAAAAUCAGCAAGGACAAAUCGUUGGAAAAUUGAGAGGUGUAAAAAAUUCUGUUGGACUGGCUCUACUAAGAAUCGAAAAAAUUGGAAAAAAUGAUAACUUAUUAGUGGCAGAGAAAUACCAUUGUACCACUCACACCCCAUUUUGGUGGCCAAAAAAGCAACAGUGACCAUGGAAGAAACGGAACAAAUAAAAAAAUUCACAUGUGAAUUAUGCAACUGGACCGAGUUUUACGAUUGUUUUGAACAGCAAGCUCCAUUCGCCAAGAACGUAACAUUUCACGAACCAUGUUUUUUGAUGCGAGA